UUUAAAAGCGCGAUCUAAGUGUGUUUUCGUUUAGGCAUAUGCAAAAAAUGGAUGGUUUGUUCUCGCCAUACCUGAAUGACAUGAGGGAAUAUUUCAUAUUAGAAUGUAUGUCUUACCUCUUGAUUGUAAUGGGAGUUACAGCUUUCGUAGUUUUGUUCUUUGUUAACGCACCCUACGGCAGGUACACAUCGAGCACAUUUGGCUUUCCCAUUCGUGCUAGAGUAGCUUGGUUUAUCCAAGAGUUGCCGGCUCUGCUCGUUCCGCUUUGGCUGUUAUUAUUUUCUUCUCCUGGCAGAAUUGCAUAUCUUCCAAACCAGGUCCUCAUCGCCAUGUAUUUAUGCCAUUAUGUGCAUAGGACACUCAUUUAUCCAUUUUUAAUUCAAGGAGGAAAACCAACACCUUUCAUACCUUUUGCUCUGGCUUUCGUAUUUUGCACAUAUAAUGGAUAUCUGCAGACCCGACACUUGAGUCAUUUUGCAGUGUUUCCAAGGGACUGGAUUACCUCACCUUGUUUUAUCAUCGGUUUUAUUUUAUGGUUGGCUGGAAUGAUAAUAAAUGUUCAUUCAGACCAGGUCCUUCGAAACCUGAGAAAGCCUGGUGAAACUGGCUACAAGAUACCCAGAGGAGGGCUGUUUGAAUACGUUUCUGGAGCAAACUUUACUGGUGAAAUUUUGGAAUGGACUGGUUUUGCCAUUGCUGCGUGGUCUCUAGAGAGUGCUGCUUUUGCUGUAUUUACAUUUCUGGUGCUUUCAUCUCGGGCAAGUCAGCAUCACAGAUGGUACAAGGAAAAGUUUGAGGAUUAUCCCAAAACAAGAAAAGCCCUGUUGCCUUUUGUGUUCUGAUUUAAGGAGUUUCAGUUGUUCUUCCUUGCCAUCCAUGGAGCCCCACAUGCGCAUCUGCGGUUGGCCUAUUAAUUUGUGGGAAUAGGAGCUUCUCUGUAAGUGAAUGAAUCUCUGCUGACUUUCAAACAGACGAAUCUGGUAAACUGUCUAGUGCGUUGUAUUAUUUUUAUUUUUAUGGAAUUUAUUAAAAGCAUAUAACAUUCCAUACAAUCAAGUCAAAAUUAACAAAAUUAAAAUCAAAUCAACCCCAACCCACUGUUGUAUUAUAUAACUGGGUGUUUAAUUGCCAUAUUUUACACUUACCAUCUCGUUUUAAAUUUAAUAGGCCAUGUUGUCAUCAAUCCCAUAGGACUUCUUAAUUGAAGGGUGCGUAACAUUGACCUUUGCUUCCAUAAAGUUCUUCCUGGCACUGACACAAACACUGACAGUUGAACAUGGAGCAAACGUCACAGUUCUCAUAUUCUGAGAUGUUCAUGUGGUCUCUGCAGAGGAGCGUGAACUCUGACUGACUGAGCGGCGUUCAUUUUGAAAUCUGUGACUAAUGCAAUUACAGAAUACUGAGGCUGAUGUCGUUGCUUUAAUAAGAUACAACACAUUGUUCAUAACAAAUAUGUAUAAAAAUGUCCAUUAUCGGUGAAAUGCAAAAUCUUUCACAGUGUAUUGCUAGUUCUGUUACAUUAUAAGAGUAUAUAAAGUUUUGGAAAAGGAUAAAAUAAAUUUACCUUUUACAAA